AAUAGACAAGGGUCGGCCAUUUUUGGCGAACAAAAGAUGUUAUUUCCAGAAGAAGAAGACAUUUGAUUACAUUCUAAGAAGUAAUUAGUCAAUAUUGACAGCAGACGAACAAAGAUGUCUGUGAUUAUCCGCCUGCAGGGCCUGCCAUGGUCGGCGAGUGCCAUGGACAUCAGGAAGUUCUUCAAGGGCAUGAGUAUCCCACCAGGGGGCGUGCACAUCAUUGGUGGUGAACUUGGCGAUGCCUUCAUUGCCUUUUCCAGUGAUGAAGAUGCUCGGCAAGCGAUGAUGCUGAACAUGCAGUACCUAGACCAGGAUCAGAUCAAGCUUUUUCUCAGCAGUAAAACAGAGAUGCAGAACGUAAUAGCUGCCGCUAAAACAUCCACAGUAGCAGCAGUGCCACAAAGCCAGCCACAGAUAGCUGCACAGCCACCAUCACUUCCAGGCAUGCCUGUAAACCCACAUCUCCAGGGCUACCCAGCAGACCAACAACAAGCUGCAUACCCUAAAGGAGGACCCAACAUGGGUCAGGAUCCCAGUAGGGGCCAACAAUUUCCAAAUCAUCCUUACGAAGGUCACCAGUACCCUCAGUAUCCAGAAGAGCAAGCAACCACAGAUAAUGAUAGAUUUCCUCAGACACCAUAUGAGCAAGCUAGAGGUCAGCACCAGGCUGCAUAUCCAGAUCCAGCUAGAGGUAUGCAGCCAGCUGCUCCCUUUGAACAAGGAAGAGACCCUGAUCAAGCAUUCUUUGAUAGGGGCAACACUUCACAUGCUAGUUCGUUCAAGCAAGCAAGAGGCCCACAUCAAGCUCCUAUGGAUCCAGCAAGAGGUUCACAACAACCUCCUUUUGAUUCAGCAAGAGGUUUGCAACAAUCUCCCUUUGAUCAAGGAAGAGGCCCACAUCAGACUCCUAUAGAUCCAGCAAGAGGCCCACAACAUGCUCCUUUUGAUCCAGCAAGAGGUUCGCAACAAUCUCCCUUUGAUCAAGGAAGAGGCCCACAUCAAGGUUUAAUGGAUCAAGGAAGAGGCCUACAUCAAGGUCCAAUGGAUUCAGCAAGAGGGCCAAAUCAUCCCCCUUUUGAUCAAGGAAGAGGGCCAAAUCAAGCUCCCUCAGAAGGAAGAGGUCCUCCAGUAUCUUCUUUUGAACGUGGUAGAGAUGGGAGAAUUCCAUCACAAUUUGAAACUGGUCGGGGUAUUCCAUCCACUGGCUUUGGCCACGGACAAGAAGGUAGAGACACAUUUGUACCAGGGCGUGACGGUAAAGGUCCCCCACCACUGUAUGAGCCAGGUAGGGAUGGAAGGUUUGAUCAGGAAAGAGAUAUGAGGUCACCAUUGGAUCAGAGGAGAGGGGUAGCAACAGGCUUACCAUCAGUUGGGUUUGAACCAGGCCGAGGCCCACCACCUCUGUUUGAGCCAGGACGGGAAGCUAGAGUUCAUCUACCAGACGGUGCAGAGCAAAGAUCUGGGUCUUUUGGUCAAGGUCAUGAUGGACGAGCUCCACCUCAGUCCACUGCAUUUGGUCGAGGAGGGGAGGACAGACCUCCAUUUGAGUCCGGCAGAGAGACCAGGGAAACAGGCAGAGACUCCAGAUCUCAAUCAGGAAGCAUGCCUGUCAAAUCUGACAGAUCUGAUAGAACUCAAGUUGAUAAAGCUGACGAGAGACGCAUCAGUGAGAGAAGCGACCGUCGUGAUUCUCCACGAGGCUCAUUCAGCAGAAUAGACAGAGACCGUGAUAGAGAUCGAGAUCGAGAUAGGGAUCGAGAUCGUGAUCGUGAUCGAGACCGAGACAGGGACCGUUACAGGGAUAGAGAUCGUGAUAGAGAUAGGGAUCGAGAUCGAGAACGUGAUAGGAGUGAUCGAAGGGACAGGGACAGAGACCGUGAUAGAGAUCGGGAUCGAGACAGAGAUCGGGAUCGAGAUCGGGACAGAGAUCGGGACAGAGACAGAUCCAGGGACUGGGCACGAUCAACUGACAAUAGAAGAUCUCAGUCAAGGACAAGCGACAGUGACAAAUCAAAGGUGUCCACCUCUACUGCUGUCAAAUCAAAAACUACAGCCCAGCCUACAUCAACCACCACUAAAUCUUCUACAAGUACAACUAAUGCUCCAAGUGGUCUUUCCGCUGCAGCUACCACAGUGACUGCCAGUGCUGACAAGAUCAUGGCUGCUCUGCCAAAUCUAAAGGACAUACAGUUGCCUCCAGGUUUAAAGGAUAUAAAGUUGCCUCCUGGUUUGAAAGAUAUUAAUCUCACAUCUGUGAUGACUUCCACUGCUGGGCUACCAACUGCAGCUAAUCUCCCAGGCAAAUCGGAGUCUAGUUUGGUCACUAAAGAUUCUGGCUUCAUUGGUCAGCAAGGAAGACCAACACCAGCUAGUAUGGCGAGUAUUGGCUUGAAAGGUACUGUACCACCAAAAGGUGGACUGCCCCCUCCUUUGAUUUCUCCAGGGCAACGGCCACCUCAACAGCAAUUCAGAGAUCAAGGACUGCCAUUUAGAGACCAGGGUCCACAUGGCCCUUCACCUCAUCGAGACCAAGGGCCUCCUCCAUUCAGAGACCAGGGUCCACAUGGCCCUUCACCUCAUCGAGACCAAGGGCCUCCUCCAUUCAGAGACCAGGGUCCACAUGGCCCUUCACCUCAUCGAGACCAAGGGCCUCCUCCAUUCAGAGACCAGGGUCCACAUGGCCCUUCACCUCAUCGAGACCAAGGGCCUACUCAAUUUAGAGAUGCUGGUCCGCCUCAUGGAGACCAGGGACCUCGUCCAUUCAGAAAUCAAGGGUCAUCACGUUUUGGGGACCAUGGGCCUCCACACGGAGACCAGGGACCUCCACCAUUUGAAGACUGUGGACCUUCAAAUAGAGAUCAAGGACCACCAUUUAGAGAAGGCGGACCUCCACCAUUUAGAGAUGGACCAGGACCACAAUUUAGAGAAGGAGGGCCUCCAUUUAGGGACGGUGGGCCACCAUUUAGAGAAGGCGGACCACCAUUUAGAGAUGGUGGACCACCAUUUAGAGAAGGGGGACCGCCGUUUAGAGAGGGCAGACCACCAUUUAGAGAUGGAGGACCUCCAUUUAGAGAGGGCGGACCACCAUUUAGAGAUGGAGGACCUCCAUUUAGGCAAGGUGGACCUCCAUUUAGAGAGGGUGGACCUCCACAUCAGGGACCCCAACAAGGACCACCAUUCAGAGAUCAGGGACCAACACAAUUUCCUGAAGAGGAGGGAUUUGGAGAUGAUAUGGGAAGAUUUGGUCCGGGUGAUGGAGAAAUGUUUCAUGGUGAUAAACCAUUUCCUGACAGACCCCCUUCAGCUUCUGAGAGGAGACCAGACAGACCAUCACAGGGUCUGCUUCCACUUCCUGAUAUGCCCCCUCUGUCAGCUCGUAGGGGCCCAGGAGGUCCACCUGGUGGACCAGGAGGACCUGAGGACCGGUUUGGUCCUCCAUUUGGUGGACGGCCUCCUCAUGAUGAACCCCAGUUUGACCCAGACUUUCAAGAAGGGCAUCAUCCUGAUGAGGGUAUGCCGCAAAAUAUGGACUACGAGGAGCCUCGAGGACGCCGGCCAGGCAUGCCUCCGAUACCUAAUGGUCCUCCAAUGAGACCUCCUCAUGGAGGCCCACAUGGACCUCCCAGGCACCGCAUGGGACCACCAAUGGAUGGUGGUGGAGAUUACCACGAGUUUCCUUCAGAUGGAAACCAAGGUGAUUUUGAUGAAAGAUCAGGACCAUUUGGACCUCGUGGCCCUCAUGGACCUCAUGGACCUCAUGGACCACAUGGACCACAUGGACCUAGAGGACCAAGGCCUCCACAUCCAAGAUUUGGACCACCAAGAGAUUCAGACCAUCGAAUACCACCAAACUUUGAGAGAGAUGGACCCCCUAACAGAAGAAAUAUGGACCAUGACACGGGUGGUGACUUUCCUCCAGAAGACAGAAAUUUCCGAGAGGACAUUGGUCCAAGUGAUGCGGAUCAUCGACCACCGAGAGGACCGCCUCCUAGAUUUCAUGAUGGCCCUCCACACGGGCGUGACUUUGGUGGAAGAGAUAGACCUUUUGGACCAAGAGAUGGACCAAGAGAUGGACCAAGAGAUGGACCUAGAGAUGGUCCUAGGGAUGACAGGAACUGGGGACGGGGUCAAGACUUCAAUCGUUCAGAUAAUUCUCGAGAAUCCGAUCGAUAUCCACCUGGUAGAGGGAGGGAGUCAAGAGAUUUUAGAGAUGAAAGUCCAAGAGAAAGGGGAGACAGCGACCGAAAAAGAGAUUCCAAGGGAAUACUAGGGGAGGCUCCGCCAGGCAUUAGACCUUUUUCACGACCACAUGAUGAUCGCUCUUCUAGACAAGACGAAGAUUCUCGACAAGGAGAUUCGCGGCACAGCGAUUCUCGGCACAGUGAUUCUCGAUAUGGAGAGUCGCGAUUUAGUGAUUCUAGAAACAAUGAUUCGAGGCAAUCCAGUGAAAACAAAGACAGUGACAUGAGAGGACAGAAACGUUCAUAUUCCCCGGCAUCGGCCUUCGUCAUUUGUGUUUCUAAUAUGUCGUUAACUAUUACUUUCCGGGAAGUGAGACAUUUCUUCAACGGUAUUGAAAUACCUUGGGAUGGCAUGAAGCUCAUUAAUAAUAGUGAAGGUAAUAGAGUCGGUAAGGCAUAUAUUCGUUUUGAUACAAGGGAAAAUUACAGGCAGGCUUUAGGUGCACAAGGGAAGUUCAUGAAUGGCAGAAAAGUAGAUGUUCGCCCUUGUUCCCUUGAAGAGUGGAAUAGGGCUGUUGACUCGUAUGUUCCAAACAAGUAUGACAACAAGCCAUCUGAAUUGACAGAAUCAACUAAACGACCUCGCCUUGAAGAGUCAACUAAAAAGCCAGAAAGAACUGAUUCAAAAGCAUCAAGUUCUGAUAAAAAGUCAUCAAGCUCUGAUAGUAAGUCUUCAAGCUCUGAGAAAAAACCAGCAACCUCUGAAAAAAAAGCUGACACCCUUGAGAAAAAAUCUGAUUCUACUGAGAAAAAAACAGACAAUUCAGAGAGAAAAACAGAAAACACAGAAAAACAAUCUGCAACUUCCGAGAAAAAGGCUUCAGAAAUGAAGAGUAUAGUGCAGCUGAAAGGGCUGGGGAUGAAUGUUAUCAAGGAGGAUAUUCGUAAUUUCUUCAAAGAAUUAAAGGUCUCUGAAAGUGCAAUGACCAUACAUAUUGAGUACGAUGUAAAGGGAAGAGCAACUGGCAUAGGUUUUGUGGAAUUUACAAAUGCAUCCGAUCAAGAGAAAGCUCUCAAACUGGAUGGAAGAAAAAUGAGUCAGCGCAUAGUCAGAGUGUGUGUAGCUAAGCAAAGCGAGCUCGACCAAAUGACACAAAGGCAACAGGACCAACUAGCGAAAUCAGCCGAAAUGGACUUCAGUGCUUCGGAUGUAGGUGGGAAACCUACCAGCAAGACAACAAAUAAUGAUGCUACAGUGAAUGGGAAAACAGAAGACGCUAAAGAUAAAGAUGGGGCUUACACGUUGUUUCAUUUUUACUGUGCGCAUAUGCAGGGCCUUCCUGCCUAUGCAGGCAUACAGGAUAUUCAGCAAUACUUCACGGGACUUGAGAUUGUACCACGUGGGGUUCAGUUUGUCAAGGACUCCAGCGGAAAAUCUUUAGGCGAGGCCUUCAUUGAGUUUGUUACCAAGGGCGACUGUGAGAAAGCAGUGAAGAAAACAAAUGGGAAAAUGAGUAACAAUAUCAUUUCAGUGAAAGGAAUCUCCAAGUCGGACAUGAAUGAUUAUCUGCAACAGACACGCACGCCAUUGUCCCGGCAUGGUAUGACCCCACGCUCCUCACUUCCUUCUAUAAUGUCUGGAGCCCCUCCAUCUCACACCCCGCCCUCAUUGGUUCCACACGGGCAACCUUCCCAUGGACCACCACAACACGGACCACCACCGCAUGGACCACCACAACAUGGACCACCACCGCAUGGACCACCACAACAUGGACCACCACCGCAUGGACCAUCUCCACACCAACUCCCGAGGCGACCUGCAUUCUUCUUGAGAGCACAGAAUCUUCCUUUUACGAUGUCAAUACGAGAAGUACAUGGCUUCUUCAAAGAUUUUGACCCCAUCUAUGAAACAAUUAAAGUACAGAUAGGAAAUGACAGUAAGACGGGAGGAACUUCGGCCAUUGUCGGCUUCCGGACACCUGAGGAGAGGGAUACAGCCUUAAACAAUCUCCACCAGAAGGUUUAUCGCAAUAAAACUAUUGUGUUACUGCCAGCGUGAACAAACAGGUCUGACUACUGGAAAUUGCUAAGGUGCUCCAUAGAUAAAGCUCCCUGCUCCAAUUUCUACCACUGUGGAGGAUAUUCUGUUGUGGAGAUCAGCGUUCCAGGCUCUGAGCUUAAAAACUGCUGAAGACAAUUCUAUUGUUCUGUGAUCUCUCGAGGAGGGUAUAAUGGUCCAAUCUUGGAUAUGAACUAAACGGAAAGGUUCCCAGCUCAGUGCUCGAAGGCUGCUAAAGACAAUUCUGUAGCACUAUGACCUUGAAGAAAGGUCAUCACUAUGACCUUGAAGAAAGGUCAUGAAUACAGCUUUGACCUUCAACAAAAGGUCAUCCUACUUUGACCUUGAAGAAAGGUCACAAUAUUCUGUAGUACUGUACGUGUGACCUCUAAGAAAAGGUCACCCUACUUUGACCCUGAAGAAAGGUCACAAUAUUCUGUAACCUAAGAAAGGUCACCCUACUUUGACCUUGUACAAGGGUCAUAUAAAACCAUAGAGAUGUUGUGGAUAUCAUAUUCCUGUUUGUGUUCAAAAGGUGAAGAUGUAUUCAGCUACAACCUGAAGUCACAAAGACUAUGAUCAACUCUAAUGUGACUUUAAAAGUAACGACCCCAGGUGUGCAUCUUGAGACUUACAUACAUUAUUAGUUCAUAAACUGGAGUUUGCUAGAGAUGUAAUCUUCUGGCCUCGGCUUCAUCAACAUCCAAAAACUUGUGGAAAUUUGUUUCGUAAAUUUUCUGUCUGAAAGCAUUAUUGUGAAAAACAUCUUUUAAUGAAGGAGCUGUAAUUCUGUGAUUCUAUGGACAAUUUUGAGUUAAGGAAGUUGAGUUGAAAAGUUGAGGAAUGAUGACUGGUGGGUUAUCUGCAUACAGGAGCAGUAUAUAUACACUGUAAAAUCGGUAUUAGAUACGUGUCUAUAAUAUAGCUAGCAACAACCGUGAAUGUUGGACAAGGCUCAAAGUCUUUUGUGGAACUAAAAACAUUUACUUGUCAUAAGUGACAGAGACAUGAAAAGAUUCAGAUACUAUCAAGUUCAUUCGCUAAACAUCUUUUAAAAUAAUUUGCCACACUACAAGUGAGACAAACUAUAUGUUAUUUUUUGUGUGCAAAUAAUUAUUCUGACGGUCACUGUAAAUCAAACAUUAUUUUUAAACCAUAAAUGUUGAAAUGUUAUAUUUUUAGUAUUGAUUUAGUUUGUUUUUUACUCAUAAAACACAAAACGUUUACUAUUGUGCUAUCUAUGAUUUCAUAUCCUCAAGGUUAAUAUUUUCAAUCAUUUAAAUUUCCAUGGGUUUACCAAAAGCUUGGAAGCAAAGAUACAUGUAAUGUAUUUUUCUUUGAACAUAUGAAACCACCGAUAAUUGAAGGACUAUAUUUGUAAUGUUUUUUUCCAUCUUUUUUUUUUUUUUAAAUGUUAUCAUUGAAAAAAUACAACAAUCCACAAUGGUUAAUUGUAACAAUUUAAUUAGUAUAUAUACAUGCCAAAAUGUCUGCUUAUUGAGUCAAGGGAAUUUUCAUGCAAUACUUCAUUUAUUCAUGAGAAAUUUAAGGCAGUGAAACUGUAAAAGAAAAAAAUCCCUCAUAGUAACAAUUGCUGGUUUGUGAUAUGGCCAGAAAAGUUAAAUCUGUCCUCUUAAUCAAUCACUGAAUAAGCAAGGCUUGGAUUUUACGUAAAUUGAAAAGUCUGCUGUGAGAGUUAUGGUUGGUUGUUGUAUAAAAUUCCUAAUAAAUGUAUCACCAUAUUUAUCUAAUAAUAAUGCCCUACCCCCAAAAAAAGCCCUCUUUUCAUUUUUGUAGAAUCAUAAAUUUUUUUAAACAGUAAUUAGCUACUCAAGAGUUGUCUUUCCUUAAACUGGGAAGAGACCUUCCAAAGCUGUGUACAGACCUGUCAUUCAUGGCCAUAGCUUGCCAAAUUUGUUCCAUCAUCUAAAUCGUUUUGUACCAAUUUCAGAUAGACUUCACUAUUUUUGACUACUAGUUAAUUUAAUAGAAGUUUCUGAAGACUGCUGUAUGUAUACUAGAACAUGGCCCGGUUGUUCAAAAGAUGAUUAGCUUAAUCACUUGAUUAGUGAAAAUCUCAUUUCUCCUUUACAUUAAAACCUAAGUGUGUGUAUUCCUCAAAAUAAGCAGGCAACAAGAGACUGACAAGUUUCAUAAAAGUUUGUCAAGUUAGUUUUACAAGAAAUAAUUCUAUCAUGAUGUUAAAAUUGUUGUUUAAUUGUGAUUCUGUACUCUAAUCGCCUUUUAAAUAACUGGGCCCCGAUUACUAGCAACUGUAGGAUUUGAUAUCUUGAUUUUUAACAGAAAUAUGUAUUGCUGUUAAUUCUUUUAUUUUUGGUCAACAAUAAGCCCACAAAAAUAUUGUGUCAACAUGUUACUUGUCAUCCCAUUGUAGGCUUAUUGCAGGAGAGAUCGAUAUAAACCCAAGACUAAGAUCUUGUGGCAAGUUUCAUUUUCUAGUUAACAAUUGAAAGUCAGCCUUAAGCUUGUGUACAGCAUCAUUCCUGCCCCCUACAAGUUUUUUUUCCUCUGUCCAGACAUUGCUACACCCUGCAGAUUAUUAUAGUUUUUCACGGGAAAUUAUUCCUGAAUUUGUUGUUGUCGUCCAGCUAUCAUUGUUUUACCAUGUACGACCAUGUUCAUUGUGAUCAUUAAAUUUGUACAACAA